AUGAUGGAGCCGGAGGAGCCGCCGCCGCCGCCUCAGCCCACAGACCUCUCCCAGACCGCUGCACACGCGCAGCGCUCGGGCUCCCACAGCAGCCGCCACCACCGCAACCCAACCCGCCGAGUGCGCGAGCCUCUGGCGCGGUGCGGGGCGAGUCCGGGCGCGAGCCUGCCGCCCCGCCGGUCUCGGGUGUGUGUGCGUGCGUGCGUGCGCGUCACCGCCAGCGCCUUCCUGGCUUCCCCAGCUCUCCCGGCUCCUCCCGUGCGGCGGAGAAAGGGGCCGCUUAGGUUUCGACCAGCGCUGGAGAAGCCAGGAGGAGGCGGAACCGAGUUCCGGGUGCUGGGCCUGUGGAAAGAUACCGUUUCUAAGCAAGCCUUUUCUCUCCUAAGAUUCAGAAUUUUGGGAGAGAAUCCCAUUUGUUCUGCAGGUGGUAUUCUGCUGAGGCCCAGGCGGCACCACAAGACAAAGCCCACUCAUGGCAUCGGCAGAUACAAACACUUGGUCAAAGUGCCAGAGCCUAAAAAGAAGAAAGCAAAAGUGGGUGCCAUUAAUCUGGGGACAGAUUAUGAAUAUGGUGUCUUAAAUAUCCACCUGACUGCUUAUGACAUGACUGUGGCAGAAAGCUAUGCCCAGUAUGUCCACCGCCUCUGCAACCAGCUCUCCAUCAAAGUAGAGGAAAGUUAUGCAAUGCCCACCAAAACCAUAGAGGUGAUGCGGCUACCAGACCAAGGCAACAAAAUGAUCCUAGACUCAGUCCUUACCACCCAUGAGCGAGUGGUUCAGAUCAGCGGUCUGAGUGCCACGUUUGCAGAGAUUUUCUUGGAAAUACUCCAGAGCAACCUUCCAGAAGGAGUCCAGUUGUCAGUGAGGGAGCACUCUGAAGAAGACUUCAAGGGAAGGUUCAAAGCUCGGCCAGAACUGGAAGAAUUGUUGGCCAAGCUGAACUGAACACCGCAGCCUUUCAUGUCACUCUGGUACUCAGAGUUCUUCCUGCAUGAUGAGUCAUAAGCAGGAGUGGAUACUCAUACUACGAGUGUCUCCUGUGUCUGUGACAUGCUGUGCUACCACUUAACCUUAGGAAAACCUAGGGUCUUCUCCACCUAAUAAAAAUCUGCUGUGACCACUGUGUGUGUAGCAGUUACCCAGUAGUUGAUCUUUAAAGAAUUCUGUUUUUCCUUGUCUAAACAUGUUCUCAUUCCACAAUACUUUUUCAAUUAGAGUGAAUUCAUCCUUUAAAGUGAUUUGGUGUUAACUAAUUAUUUGUUUGAGUCAAGGGCUCUUAUGUACCCUGGCUGUUUUGAAACUUGUUGUAUAGAUGAGGGUCUGUCACCCUCCUCCAAUUCCCACCCUCCGAAUGCUGGGAUUAAAGGUGUAUGCCACUA